UCGCUGAAAAUGAGUUACAGCCAUGUGUUGUUGCUUUAGUUGAUGGCCAUGGAUAUUGUGUCGCAGAAAUAUUUCCAAAUCUCACAUGUUUACGAAUAACAGAUGCACCACGGUUUAUUUACAACAGGAAGUAGUUUAGAGACCGUGUUGGGUGGUUCAAUUCCACGGAUCCCGCCUUCUCUUCAAGCCAAGGAGCGUAUUGACUUUCGAGGACGUCUCGUCACUUCGGAUUUGCUUCGGGUAACUUUCGACAGAUUUCAAUGUGGAUUGUGGACCUUCUCUGAAGAACAAAAUGCAUGACUAACCAUCAUCAGACUGACUGAGACGUCAAGGUCUCAGAGGGACCAUGAUGAUACUCAGUAAAAGGAGAAGUGGAGGAGGAGGAGGGAGAUGCGAGAUAUAAUCUGGGCUCACACCUUCACUGUGAGGACACUUACUUACGCACGUGUGGAGAAACUGAGCGUAUCUGACAGGAACUGUUUGCUCUGCUGCCACGUGUGGUUUUGGAUUGGAAAUUCUAGAUGGCUGACAGCCUGCCCUCAGGUCUCGUGGAGGCCUGCAUAGUGGUCGGAGCUGCAGGAGACAAACUGAAGCAGCUUCUCCAGGCCCUCCCUCAGACGCGGGGCCGAGAGCUCCCCAUUCUCGAACCCGAGGUCCUCCACGUGCACGCCCCGCCCUUUGUCUCCAAGGAGAGCAAUGCCAACAGCAGCAAUGGCCCCUCCCACAGCCCUAGCCACGCCCCCGCCUUCAGCCGCAUCCAGAAGAGGCGCUCCUUCAUCAAGAAGAAGCGAGACAGACCCGCCUCCGCACCCGCCGCCACACCCGACUCGCCCAAGGGGAACGGGAACGGGGCCCCCUCUGCCCCGGGCACCCUGCCGCCUGGCACUGCCCCGUCUGCAGCCGCGGCCGCUGGCUCCACAGAGGACAUCAGUGUCCCCAAGGACAUCGACCUGGUGGCCCUGCCCCAGCUCUGCUUCCCAGGUGGUCUUCAAAUUUCGGAAGAGUGCCAAGACGACUCUUACCACUUCCUGGUGUUUACGGACGUGUUUGGAAACCGGACACACGGAGUCGUGGUGCAGUACCAUAGACACAUACAGGCGUGUCAGGAAGGACACACGUAUCAAAACGGCCACUGGACAUCUCCCAAAGGCCCCCGGCUCUACACAGCGUAUGGCAUCUGUGUCAUUUCUAAAUACCCGUACUACAACGCCCUCAGGGACUGCUUGUCAUGUCUUCUGAUCCAGCUGCGGACCUGUCGGAUGUCAGACUUUGAAGAGAGGGUGAAAGAGUUCACGGCCAAGCUGGCGCUGGUGCCCAUCCCUCCCCCUGGGCAGCUGCAUGUGGUGUUCUCCCUGCGGCCGCUGCAGAUCUUCCUGCCGUCUCGAGAGGACAAGGAGCGUCCGGCAGUGGACCUGGACCUCCAUCUGCCCUUCCUCUGCUUCAGACCUCAGCAGCUCCUGGAGAUCAUCACCAGCAUCCUGACGGAGCAGCGGGUGGUGUUUGUUUCGUCGGACUGGGCGCGGCUGACGCUGGUGGCCGAGUGCUUCAUGCGCUACAUCCACCCCCUCAGCUGGCAGCACCCCUUCGUGCCUGUGCUCUCACGCGGGAUGCUGGACUUCCUCAUGGCGCCCACCUCAUACCUCAUGGGCUGCCACGCACACCACAUAGAGGACGUGCUCGCGGAAACAGAUGACCUGAUUCUCAUCCACAUUGACGAAGGGAUCGUAACGUCCUCCAACUCUGCCGACUCCGGCCUUCCAGACCCUCCGUGGGCGGCCAGGGAGUGCUUCACCAGACGGGUGGAGGGGCUGGAGAUGCACUACGACCUGGAGGUGUGUCGGCUGGGGGCAGGUACGGACGUGAACGACCUCCGCGCCCAGAGGAGGAAGUGGCAGCAGAAGAUGAACACAGACGUCCAGAGGAUCACCCUGGAGCUCAUAGUCAACAUCUUCAGAGAUGUGCACGACCAUCUAAACUAUGAGCAUCGAGUCUUCAACAGCGAGGAGUUCCUGAAAUCCAGGGAACCAUGUGAUCAGAAAUUUUACCAAAAGGUUCUGGACACCCAUAUUUUCCACUCCUUCCUACGGGAUCGCCUGAAUCAGAAGAUGGAUGCUUUUUCUCGUCUAGAAUUAAACACAAGAUCUGAAACACACAAACAACGGACGACGCUGGAUGCCCCUCGAAGGCCCACCAUGCAGGAGAUGGCUCGUAAAUGCACUACUCCAGAGAGUCGUCUGAGCAGGAGGUUAGGCAUGAGCCUACCCAACCUGGCAGAGCAGCGCUCCCCCUCUGACAGCGUCCGCAAGACAUCCCUCAAGAAAGUCACCUUGAAUGGAGAAUCCAAGACUCCACAGAAGUCCAUAAAGACCUUCCGUCUGCCAGAGUUCCCUCCGCCGCUGUCCUACGUCUACGUCCAGAACUACUACACGGACAUGAUCAGCCAGCUGGGCAAGGCCUUAUCCUGCCUGGGGCCCGAGGACUCCUCCCUGCUCGCCCGUUACUACUACCUGCGGGGUUUCGUCAGCUACGUGGCAGGAAAGCGUCUGGAGGCCCUGAGCGACUUCCAGAACCUCCACAAGACUGACACGGACCUCUUCCCGGGCGAGCUGGUGCGGGCGCUGGUUGACUCGUUGGCGCCAGAGGAGCGGGUCACGGCAGAGAGACGACCGGAGCUGACGAGGCUCAUCAGCCGGGCCAAGAGGGACCACGAGGUGGGUGCCGACGGCGGGGAGCGGCCACGGCAAGACCCCUUUGCCACCAUCAAGAAGUUCCAGCUGCCCAAAACGCAUCUCCAGCGGGAGGACUUUGUGCGUCGCAUCCAGGAAUCGGGCAUCGUUAAGGACCUGAGCACCAUACACAGGCUGUUUGAUGCCCUCACUGUGGAGACUUGUAAGGCUGGCUUGGGUGUGGACGCUGCGGUGAAGGCUGCUUCCCAGUCUGUUUUUUACGUUGAUUCCAGCCUGGAUGGUCAGCAGAAGCAGGUGGACCCCGAGGUGUUCCGCUUCUUCUACACCAUCUGGAAGGAGACGGAGGCCGAGGCCCAGGACGUGGACCUGCCGGCCGCCGUGCUGGAGCACCUGGAGACCAACGAGUGCGUCUACAAGCUCUCGUCCUCGGUGAAGACCAGCCACGGCGUGGGCAAGAUCGCCAUGACCCAGCGCCGCCUCUUCCUGCUCACCGAGGGCCGGCCGGGAUACGUGGAGAUCACCAAGUUCAGAGACAUUGAGGAAGUGAGGCUUUCCUCAGCUCAGUUCCUGCUCCUGAGGAUCCCGUCUCUGAAGAUCAAGAGUUCCCUGAGGAAGGAGACGUUUGAGGCCAACCUCAAGUCCGAGUGUGACCUCUGGAACCUCAUGGUCAAGGAGAUGAGGGCCGGGAGAAAGAUGGCCGACGAGCACAAGGAUCCUCAGUACAUGCAGCAGGCGUUGACUAACGCUCUCCUCAUGGAUGCCGUAGUGGGCUGCCUGCAGUCCCAGAAGGCCAUCUACGCCGCCUCCAAGCUGGCUUACUUCGACCGCAUGAAGCUAGAAGUGCCCAUGAUGGUCCCUAAAACCACAGCAGAGACACUGAAACACAAGAUCAACCCGUCUCUGGACCUAACCUCUCCUCAAGCUGUGGACGUACUGCUCUACACUCCAGGGCAGCUGGGUGUGCCGGGUGCGGAGGGCGGUGGGAACCCCAAGCUGUGGUGUGCCCUAAGCGACGGCAAGGUGGUGGCCUUCGAUGCGGCCAGCUGGUCCAUGCAGCAGAACUCCGUCCAAGUGGGCUCGUCACGACUGACGUGUCUGUUGGGAGUGAAUCAGCAGCAGUUGUGGAUCGGUUCUCAGGACUCGGUCAUCUACAUCAUCAACCCUCGCAGCAUGUCCUGCAACAAACAGCUGACGGAGCACCGCAGCGAGGUCACCGGCCUGGCCCUAGAGGAACGCACUGACAAAUACAGCCAGAUGGUGGCGUACUCGUGCAGUGCUGAGGGGACGGUGAUCGUGUGGGACGUGUCAACACUGCAGGUGCGCAAACACUUCCGGCUCUCCUGCGACCGACUGCAGUCCCUGCAGGUGCACAACGGCUGGCUGUGGUGCUGCGCGAGGGACAGCAUCCUGGAGGUUCGGCGUAACGGGGCGGUGCAUCGUCGCGUGGCCCUGCCCCCCCAGUAUCCCCAGGGCAGCCCCAGGUCUGGCUCCUCCAAUCACAGCCCUCGCUCCGGCCACAGCUCCUACAGCUGCUUCCUGCUGUUUGAUCAGCUGGAGCAGCUGUGGACAGGCUGUGCGGACUCUGAUGAGCUGUGUGUGUGGCACUGCCGGGACCUGAGUAAGCCCUUCCACCGUGUCCAGCUGCAGGACUGUGCAGGCGUGCUGUGCAUGAUCAAGGUCAAGAACCAGAUCUGGGUGGGCUGCCGUGGGCGUGGUGCGGGCCAGACGAGGGGCAAGAUCUACGUGGUGGACACAGAGCGCCACCUGGUGGAGAAGGAGCUGGCGGCACACGGCGACCGCGUCCAGGCCCUCUGCUCCGCCGAGGACAGAUACGUGCUGAGCGGCGCCGCGCGCGAGGACGGCAAGAUCGCCAUCUGGAAGGUGGAGUAGAACCUGGAAUCUCAGGCUCUUCCAGAGGACCGUAGAAUUGCCACCUGGAAGGUGGAACAGAAAGUUCUGGAAAAGGCCCAAAUCUCAAGCUCUUUGAGAGGAUGGCUAGAUUUUCACGUGGAAAAAGGGCCAAAUCCUAAAUUCUGAGAAACAUCCUUCCUAGACUAACAUCUGAACAUACUGGAAAAAACAGAAAUGAGACAACACCCCAAGAUCAACGACUGGAAGAUGGAAAAGUCAAUGAAGGAUCAGUUAUGUAACAGGAAUUAAUUCCAAGAGAGAGAACUUCUAAAAAGCCUCAUCUGAGUGGUGGAUUGGCCAAAGUAUUCUGAAAAAGUUAACAAUUCCACUCUCUAAUACAGAGCAUCUCCAAGAUUGCCAUCUGAUCGAAUAUAGACAUAUAAUCCCUGUUGUUUGGGAGUGUCCCACGAUUGUCAACUGGAAGGUGGAGUAGUCAAAGAAAGAAUAUUUUGGGGAACAAAUCCAAACUCAUCUCAUCUCAUCUCAUCUCAUCUCUUCUCAAGAUGGCAAUCAUAAAGGCUGAGUAGUCGCAGAAUGUUCUACAAUAAAAGAAACAAUCCCCAAGCUCAUCCUAGAACAUCCCAAUUGUUAGCCCUAUUAGGGUGUGUCUGGUUAGAAGAAUGGAAAAAGUAGUCCAAAGAACAUUUCGGACAGAAAGGGGCCAUCACCAAUCUCGGAGCACAUCAAGAAAGUAAAAGGAACUUGGGAUGCACCUAGUGAAUACUGGUCUUAAAAAAAAAACAAAAUACAGCAAUUGCACAAACAUUGAAACUGAGACACUGUCCCAGUCAUACAAGGAAUUUAGUCAUAAGACAAAGGUGUUAUGAAGUAUCAAUGUAUGAACUUGAAUUUUAACAGUUGCUGUUUUAUACAGCUUUAUAGGGCACAGUAGGCAUAGAGUUCUCAGAAGACUGCAUUGUACAGUCCGUUAUUAAACACUUACAGGUGGAAUCUGUCCUUUGAAGGUACACUGUGCAAGAUUUUUAGUUGUUUAUUUCCAGAAUUCAUGCUACCCAUUGACUAAUGUUACCUUUUUCAUGAAUACUUACCACCACCACCAUCAAAUUCUAAGUAUUCAUUACGACUGGGAAAAUUGCACUUUUCAUACAUUAAAAGGGGGAUCUUCUCCAUGGUACGCCAUUUUGACCUUCCAGGCAGACAUUUUUAGCUGCAAAAAUGACUGUACUUGGACCAUACUAGAAAAUAUUAGUUAAUUACUUAGUAAACGUUCAUGAAAAGAUCAAAUUUGGCAAUAGGCAACCCAGUUUCAAUGAGCAGUAUAGUUUCCUGCACAGUGUACCUUUAAAAAAAAGGGCCUCAGGGUCUUCUGGCAUUGUCAUAGGAUGAAGGGACACAGGUUUUAUGAAGUACUAUAUAUUUGAAGGAAUAAUGAAGAAUAAAUGAAGGUUGAAAUGUUAUGAAGUAGGAAAAGCACAAAUGCCUGAAGAGUUCAUUAUGUUUCAGGAUGUGCACUAACAACUUCCAAGGACAAAAAGACAUUGUGUUCCUGAAAUGAGACUGAGGAUUCUGCAAAAAGGAUCCUCGGACAGGAAUGAAUCAUCUAUGUAUCUGUUUACAGUGUAAAUUGCCAUAUUGUGUAUAUUGCCAUAUUAUCAUUAAUCUUCCUGAAAUGUCUUACCCAAUUUCUUAUUUACAUGUGCUUAUUUAUUAGCUGCAAAAUGUAGUAUGCUUAUUACACAUUCCAUUAUUGUAACUAAAUGUGUACAUUUGUACUACUUUUUUAUAUGACAGAAAUUUACAUUUUGUAUUGCUCAUGUCAGUAUUAUGCCUCAAGUAACAAUAAAAUAUUUGUCUUGUAAAUAUGCUUUACAGGAUAACUCAAUGUAACUAAUGAGAAAAGCAUCUAACAACCAAAGAGGAAUAAAGUCAUAA